AGUAUACGUAACGAAAUGAAACACUUGUUCUGUCUACUCUUAAAGGUAGUGUACGUGGCAAGGAAUCCCCGCGACGUAUGUGUCUCCUACUACCAUCACCAGAAGUCCUUGAAAGUCGCAGAAUUCAUUGGAGACUUUCCAGAUUUUGUCGACUUAUGGUGCCGCGAUUUGUGCCUUCAAGCACCUUAUUGGGACCACCUGAAGGAGGCUUGGGAAAGGCGACAACACCCUAACUUCCUUUUCCUCUUCUAUGAGGACAUGAAAGAAAACCUGAUGAAGGAACUAAAGCGCCUUGAUGCCUUCCUCGGUACGGGACUGACAGAGGAUCAGCUCCGCCAAGUCGCCGAGCACACCGGUAUUUCGCAUAUGAAAAACAGGAGUUCUGUUAAUCCCGGAUCCAGUUCUUACUCCGAACAGGCUUUGAAAGAGGGAAGGCGUGACUUCAUCAGAAAAGGAACUACUGGGGAUUGGACGAACUACUUCAAUCCUGAACUGGAAGCCAAGUUUGAAGUGUGGAUGAAGAAAGGUGGAGAAGUGGCUGAGGAGAUUCCCUUUAAGUACCAGAUACAGCAGACAGAGACUACCGAGCUUGUGGAGUGCAAGUAAUUCUAUGGUUGGCAACAGGAAGACGCAACUGCAGACAUGAUCAAGUCAUAGUUUCCACAGCAGUGAUCCGGCAGUUUGAUCAUCCUGUUUGGAUGGAUCGGUAUUUUAUUUUAACACUCCAAAAAUACUUAAUUUUAAUAUUUAAGUCUUCCAUUCAUAUCAACUUUAAAUAAUUUAUUUGCUACAUUUAACAACAGAUAAUAAAGGACAAAAGGUUCAUUAGGAAAAUCUACAGGCAAUAUAAUGUUUUAACCAAGAAAAUAAAAAGAAUAUAAUGUGAA